ACCGCCCCGCCGCGCCGCGCCGCGCCGCAGCUGUCAGACGGUGCUGGCGUCUCGCCGGAUGGACGCGGGUCCUUCUUGCUUCUCCGUUCCAGCCGGUGAGCCCCGGCCUCGGUUGGUCCUCACCGUGUGAAGGAUGAACAAACAAGACAUGGCGGACGAAGCUCUCUUUCAGUUGCUUCACACCGAGAUGGUUUCUUACGUUUAUAAAUGGGCGGAACAGGGAGAGAUGUUUCAAAAUAACAAAAAGGGAAAAGGGCCCGAAGCAAAAGUUUGGCCACCCUGCAUGGAAAGUGGAAGAUAUGUCACCAAGCUGGAAAACAUGGGAUUCCGAGUAGGCCAAGGACUAAUAGAAAGGUUCACUAAAGAUACAGCACGAUUCAAGGAUGAAUUGGAUGUUAUGAAGUUUAUUUGUAAAGACUUCUGGACAAGUGUAUUUAAAAAGCAGAUCGACAAUCUUCGGACCAACCAUCAGGGUAUUUAUGUACUUCAAGACAACAAGUUCCGGCUCUUGACUCAGAUGUCUGCAGGGAAGCAGUAUCUAGAACAUGCACCCAAGUAUUUGGCAUUUACUUGUGGGUUGGUUCGAGGUGCCUUAUCGAACUUGGGAAUUAAAAGUAUCGUGACAGUAGAAGUUACUACAAUGCCAGCAUGCAAAUUCCAAGUAAUGAUACAAAAGAUAUAGGAAGUUAUUGUCAAAGGUGCUGCUAUUGUUGGUAAACAUUAUUUACAAUAUCGAAGUGUUAUUCUGUAAAAUGGCAUUGUGAUGUUUUGUUUACAUGUAUGUUUAGGCAUUAAAAGAGACUUUUAUAAUAAACUUAUUAUAGUAAUGCUAACUGGUAUUACUGGAAUAAAAAUCCACUUCAAAUUAGAAUAAUGGAAUUUGAGUCCUAGUCACAUAUUGUAAGUAUUAUUAUGGAUGAAGUGAAGUUCUUCAGUGUUCAAACUGAAAAAGGAAUGUUGUUUCACUUAAACUCCAAUUAUGAUCUAUAUGUGCUGAAAUUCAAGACAAAAUGUUGGAAACAAGUGUGUUCUGUUGGUGUUCUAGAAGGUCUCUGAUUAUUUAAAUAUACUUGUUUCUUAUUUUCAUCGUAUUUUCUAUUUUGUGACCAAGUACGCUGAUUUAGUAUCUGUGCAUUUGUUACAAUUUGGGUAUUAAAAAAGUGGAAUGGUUUUUAUACACACCUCUGCAAAAUGAGUGUAAAAAUGUUGGUAAGAGCAUUACCUUUGUGAGUUGUGCACAGAGAGGACUAUAUUGUGUUUGAUAUCUCCAUGUAGAAACUGUCAAAUUAAAAUUUUUUGCCUGUGCCACUGUUAUUGUAUUUUCCCUAGGGACUUGUAUUCACAGAAAUAGGGUAUUUAACUUGACUAUGAAUGUUGGGGAAAUGAUUAAAAUUGACCUGAAUAAAUUAUUUCAUAAAGAAUUAAGAUCUAAAAAAUGGGCAGAGGGAGGAAAGAAUAAUUAUUUGUUGCACAGACUUGCAGUAGAAUAUGUGAGUAUGAACGUUAUUUGGGUGUUCUGCCACGAAUAAAAUUUUUGCUGAUGUGUGACCUAAUUCCACAUACUUAACUAACCAAGUUUUGAAUUCAAAAUACCUGCCCAUUAUCCCUUCCGGUCAGUCAAUUAAUGUAUUUUAAAAGUUAAUAUACUGUUAACUAAAUGCUUGUAAUAACUCCCUCUACAGUUAUAAAUCCUUUCUUAGAUCUCUAUGCUGCUGAGUUGGUGCUGCCCGAUUUGCCGUUAUAUCUUCAUUUUGGAAUGAUUCCACCUUCUGUUUUUUUCACAUUGACUCUGUACUGCCAACCACAUUUACAAAAUUUUUUCUUGCUAUUUGGCUAAGGAACCAUUAUUUAGGUCUCACAUUCUACCUUGUCUAUCUGCUGUAUUGUUUUUACUCAUUUAAAUUACUUUACAUCAAGCUUUCACUUUAUCUGCAGUAUCUAACAUGAUGAUUAUAUUACUCCUAUGCUUUUUGUUAUAUUUGCACCUAAUUACAUCAACUUUCUCCAUUUGCCUCCUCCAUCUCAUUUACUGGUUAAAAUUCCUUGUGUCGUCAGUGUCCCAUUUACUCAAUAAUAAAAUGAGAUGGAGAACAAAGAUGUGUUGAAUACAGGCCAUCGAAUGCACCUACAUUUUGGACAUACAAUCUGCUCUCCCAUGCCUUGGACCAUAAUGUACAUACAGAUAACUAAAAAAAUAAAAAUAGGUAAUAUUGCCUCAAAUUUCUACAAUCUUGCACUCAAGGCAAAACAAACCUUUUUCCCUCUACAGAUUUCCAUUCAAAUCUGUAGUUAUAGUCUGAAUUUUAACAAAUACAAUUACUUCUAUUAUUUAAUUUUGUACCUCUUUGGUGUUGAAAGUACGCACUGCUAUUCAGGUAAUCACUGUCAAUUAGCUUGUUUCCAUUAAAUUAAGUUCAAAAUUUAAACUCCAAAUGUUAAAGUUUUAUUUUUCUUUCUGCCCAUUACGUAUGAGAACUCCACACAAAUUUUCCAAUGUAAAUAACUUAUCACAAAUAUGACCAGCAAAUAUUUCAUAUACAAGUUUGAUUAAAACUUUCUACCUCCAAUGUUGAGUUCAAUUCUAUAUAAUCUACCAACUUCUACUAAAUUCCAUAAUAGAUUCUGAUAUGUCUUGCAUUGGUCUAAUAAAAGUAUUGUUUUCCAGCAUCCAAGUUAUUUGUUCAUCUGAUGCAAAUAUGUUUUUGGAAGGAGGAUUUGUAUUCUAUUACAGAAUUCUAUUCUGACUGCUUGUACUUCUCUGAACCACAUUUAACUUUACACAUACUGGAUGCAUGUUUAAGAGCUUUGUUUUGGAAAAUAAAUUGAAAACAGGAUAUGUUUAGGUACAUGGGUCAGGAAGCAUACUGCAACAAAUUUGUUUCAAAAUAAAAGUUUGAAUAAAAUACCUUAAAAAUGUUUCAUUGUAUUGUAAUCAUAUUUAUUUAAAAAACACAGCAUUAAAGGAGAUAAUGGAAUGGACUACAUGGUUAGAAAGAUGUAUUAUGAGGUUAGUUUUAAAGGCUGAUUAAGUAUUGCCUGAAUUAAAAUUAUUGUUAACAAAUAACUAACUUCCUAACCCCAGCAUUAAUC